AUGAAUAGCGGCAUACCAUCGUCGUCUUCCUCGUCUCAAACUAAAAUUGAACACGAGCGUACGGCAGAAAUAGUGAGAAAGACGGAAGAGGUUAUUAAAGCGUACAAAGAGGCAGGACACGCACUACGAUAUGUUUCUCAGGUCGUGGGCGAACUACAAAAAAUUCUUCCCGAAGAUAUGUGUAUUCGCUUGCCAAGCGGACUACUCAACGGUCCUUCUUCAGCAGAGCUACGAUUACCCGAUGAAAUCCGAAAAAAUGACUUACUGCGAAAAUUCAAAAAGUCACCAAACAUAAACACUGCGGUUGAUUCCAACCCAACACCGCCUCCUAACUACGGUGAAUUUAUUAUGGAUAUCGAUCCAAAACCACAGAAAUUUCGUCCUAUUGCUCCAACUAUGAGUAAUGCCAAUAUCAAUGCUAUCAUACAUCAUGAUACUUUUGAAAAUAAAAAAUCAUCGUCAAAAGAUGUUUCGCCACAUAAAUCUUUUGAGAGUACGAUCAAAUUUCCGGAUAAGAAAAUAAAAUCAUCAUCAAAGUCAAAGCAUCGACAUCAACCAUACGAAAGACUUUCUGGGCCUUCAACGAGCGAUGAAUCUUCUGAAAUCCCAAAAGAAUUCUUUGCAAUGAAAAUGAAUUUCAACUCGGACAAAUCGUCACUGAUAAGCAGUCAUUCACGUAUGGAAAGGUAUCAAAAGUCACGAAGAAAGAAAGAAAAGCGACCAAAGAAACAACAACAGGUUGUUAGGUACAGUCCACACUCAGAUGACGAUGCAUUAGAUUCUGCUUCUCCUGCAAGUACAUCUACUCCUAUUAUUAAGAAACCAGCGACCACGCCGAACCCAUUAACUGCUGAGCAGCAUGCGCUGGUCGAUGAUUUCUUAAAAUGUCUCGAGCCACGACUUGCCAGCGGAACUGUUUCACAGAAAGGAAUUGCACUAGAAAUUAGAAAAGUGUCCGGAAACACUUCACAAAUAGUUCAAGGUACAAUUUCAAAAUUAAUACGAAGGAUCGCAGUUCCAAAAGAUAGCGCGACUAUCGCAGCCAUUCGUGCAUGGAUCGAGACAGAACAAGCAAAGAAUGAUAGUUCGAAUUAA